UCUCUGAGUCGAGUUGCUGAGUAGUUACAAUUAUUUGCAUGUGUGGUAUGCGUGCAUGCGCUCUCAGCGUUGGGUAAAAUCUCGUUUUGUAUCUGUUUACGCGAGCAAGCACGUUUCGAUCGCGAUGUUGGGCAACGUUCCACAUCCACCCGAUCGGCAAGCGCACACAACGACUCCGACUGCAGCUGGGCUUUUGUUUUUGUUGUUGAGUUGUUGAGGAGCAAGUUAUUAAUGCAGUGAUGGUAAUCAGCGCGCUGCGAUCGACGCAACAGUGAAUUUAACAAACAACGCAAACGUUCAACUUUCAAAAGUUAAAAGUAAAAGUGAUUUUUUUCAAGUUUUAUGGCUAUGUGAAUUUUUGACAAGUUUUAAAAUGGAACAAGAGAAAAAUGGUACUUGUGACUUGUAUUUUGAAAAGCUGUCAAGUGCUACAGACAAAGGAAAGCAAAUUUUAGAUAAUGUUAGUGGUGGGUUUAAAGGUGGGUCCUUGAUUGCAAUAUUAGGACCUUCCGGUUCCGGGAAAACAACAUUUUUGAAUGUGUUAAGUGGAUAUCGUUAUCAAAACGCAACAUGUGAAUCACUGAAAAUGAAUGGCGAAAAUACAGAUUUUGAGCACUUGGCAAGCAUUUCUUGCUACCUCACGCAGGACAUCCACCUGAAUGAUUUGUUGACAGUCGAGGAAAAUAUGCGGUUUGCUGCGGACUUUAAACUUGGCGUGACGCACUCACAAAACGAGAAAAACGCUAUUAUUACAGAAUUACUAGAUUCUUUUGGUUUAUCAACAACACGCACCACAAAAGCCGGAAAACUCUCCGGUGGAGAACGAAAACGACUCGCCCUUGCCCUAGAAAUGAUAAGUGAUCCAAAAAUCAUUUAUCUAGAUGAACCAACAACUGGUUUGGACAUUUCCACAACACAUCAAAUCCUUGCAUACUUGAAGAAAAUCGCCAGCACUGGCAGGACUGUGAUAUGCACCAUCCAUCAGGUAUGCGCCAGUCAUUUUGAGCUCUUCGACCUGGCAUAUGUCAUCGCUGAUGGUCAGUGUGCGUAUCAAGGACGCCCGCAGGAUUUGGUCCCGUUUUUGGACGAGCAUGGCUUGCCGUGUAACAUUUAUCACAAUCCAGCGGAUUAUCUGAUUGAGCUUUGUUGUGGGGAUUUCGGUAAAGACAAGGUCGGCCAUCUUGUAAAAGCGGCACAUAAUGGCGCUGCAUACAUUCGCUCACAUUCUGAAGAUGAAAUUCCAACCACCAAACGAAAAAAUGGAAUCAAGCACUUGGUGAAUGACAAUGCAACAUGGAGCUACAAGUUUCAAGUACUCAUGAGACGAGAAUACGUCAAAAUGUCACGGAAUUUAUUGUUGACUUAUUUACGUUUUCUUGGAAGCAACUUCCUGAGCUUUGCAAUCGGAGUUAUUUUCUGGAAUGUCGGUGCAGACGCUUCAAAAGUGUUAUUUAACCACAACUGGGUGAUUGCAAUCACCAGCAAUAUUAUACUGGGUGGUUUAUUAUGUCCUAUUUUAUCAUUUCCAAUGGAAAUGGAUCUCAUUAAAAGAGAACUUCACAAUCGGUAUUAUACCGUAUUGCAAUAUUAUUUAACCGUUGUAUUAUUAGAUUUACCUGUUUCUUUAAUUACGUUUGUAUCAUCCGGUUUGAUCUCCUACUACUUUUCCGGACAAUCAACCGAAACAGAUCGAACAAUACUUUAUGUGAUAUUCAUCGCUAUGUUGGGAAAUGUCGUCAAUGCAAUUGGCUUCUUCUUCGGCACUCUUGUCAUAUCAUUUAAUUCUGCGAUCGCGUUGUGUUGCCUAACUCAAGUCCCAAUGUUAGCAGUCAGUGGCUAUGCAAUAAUGUUCCAAGACUUGCCAUGGAUGCUAGAAAAGAUCUCUCUUGCCGGUUAUGCUCGCACAGGCCUACAAGGUUGUCUCAUCGCUGUUUUCGGCCUCGCACCACGUAAACUACCAUGCCCAGAAGAGGAAGACUAUUGUUUUUAUAAAGAACCGCAUCGUCUUCUUGUUGAAUUCGGUAUUGAUCCGAAUGACUAUGCAUUGUGUUUGAACGUGUUGAUUGCGUGGCUUAUUACCGUCCGUAUUGUUACGUACUUUAGUAUGAAAUAUAGAUUAUCAUUAUAAACAAUUAACUAAAAGUUAAGAUUAGGAUUUAAGUGAAUAAUAUUGUGAUAUUUUUAUAUACAUUAGAUGAAAAUAUUAUAUUUUAUUGUAUGAGUAA